UCCUCGCCGUAAUCAUGUUAAGUCGCGUCUCAGACUUCUCCUGUAAGAUCACCGUCUUCCCUGUACUGUUGCUCAUCCUAUCAUCCCGAGGAGCUCUGGGACAAUCCGGUGGGAAUGGGCACCUGGUGAACGGGAUUCUGGGAGAGUUGGUGAAAUUACCGGGAAUUGUACCGGAAGCAGAGCCUAAGAGUGUUACCUGGUAUUUUACAAACCGAGUUGGGGAAAAGACUGUAGCGUGUGAUAAACUGAUAAAUAACCCAGUGGCAUGUUACUUUGGUGCGAGAGACAGAUUCACAUUAAACACCAGCGAUUAUUCCCUGGAAAUACAGAGUGUGGGGAAGGGAGACUGGGGUAGGUAUGACCUGACUGUGAUAUCAACAACAGGAAAUGUGAGCAACCAAGUGGUGGAGUUACACGUUUAUGAGCGAGUGUCACAGCCAACAAUCCAGGUGAACAGUACCAACUCCACUGGGUUGUGUAACGUGACCCUGAGCUGCUCAGUGGAGAGGGGCAGUGAGGUGAUUUACACCUGGGGGACAGGAGGAGGUGAGGUUGUGAGAGACGGAAACCCCUCACACCCAGUGACACACCGAGGGAGGAGGCUGCACCUGUCCUUGGAUCUCCCCACUAUCAAUACAGUGUAUAACUGUACAGUGAGGAACCCAGUCAGUGAGGAGACUGAGAGCAUUGACCUGGCCACACACUGUCCCAUGAAAGGAGAGAAAAAUACAAGGAUUCAUCUUGCUUUAAUCCUCGUCCCGGUGUUCCUUUUUGUUGCAGCGUUGAUGAUUUGUUAUAUGAAGCACAGGAGAGCUGAUAAAGCUCUGAGCAAAGCCGGGAUGGGCGCCAGCAUUGUGUACGCAGAUAUUGUCCGACACAUGUCUCCUGAGCAGUCUGCAGGACACUUAUGUGAACUGGACACCAGCUGGCAGCAGGCACCAGGAGCCGGUCUCACUACAAUCUACGACGAAAUAAGGGUCAUUCCUGAGGAUAACAAUUGCAGAGGAAGAGGAGCGGAAGGAAGUCACUGAGUUCGGGGGAAGGACAGUUUAUCCUGAACACAAGUUUCAGCCUCAGCCAUGUCCUGCGAAGUCACUGGUUUGACUGGUUAUUAUCCCACUCCCAGAAUUCACCAACCCGGCAUUCGGCCCAAUGGGGGGGAGAAGGGAACCCAGGAGACCUGUCUAUGUGCUAAAUAUCAUUACAGCCCCUCAUUUCAGCUGUUUGAUACCUGGAAAAACUGAAUCAAGCUGGUUGUCCAGCUGUCAGAAAUUCCUCAAAGUCUUAGUCUUAAGGUGAGUGGGCAGAAGGGUGGCAGAUACAAUUCCAUGUCGCUGAAGGAGUGGUGAGAAAUAAAUAACUGAAAGGUCCACAACUACAGAGAGGCGUUGGGAAACAGAUGGGAAUUG